AUGCCGUCACAUGAGCCUUGGGAUGAGCAGCACACUCCAGCUCUGUUCUCUGCUUUCUGUGGCCUUUUGGUCGUCUUUUCCUACCACCUCAGCCGACAGAGCAGCGACCCCUCCGUACUACUAUCUCUGAUCAAGUCAAAGGUGAUGCCUGCUCUGGUGGAGAGUGAGGAAGAGGAGGAGGAAUCUACCGACAUCAAAGACCCACUGCCGGAGAAGAUGCAGAACUCUAUGAAGGAGAUUCUGCUGUCGGACGUGGUCGUGUGCUCUGUUGCCUACAUCCUAACCUUCGCCAUAACUGCCAGCACUGUGUUUCUGUCUCUCAAGCCCUUUGUGACCAUCGUGCUUUACGCUCUGGCGGGGACGGUGGGGUUCGUCACCCACUACCUCAUCCCCCAGCUGAGGAAGCAUCACCCUUGGCUGUGGAUCUCCCACCCGGUCCUCAAGACGAAGGAGUACCACCAGUUUGAACCCAGAGAGGAUGCCGUGUUGAUGUGGUUUGAGCGACUGUACGUGGGGCUCCUGUGCUUUGAGAAGUACGUGGUGUACCCCGCCAUCGUGCUGAGCGCCCUCACUAACGACGGCUUUGCCCUCAGUCACCGCAAGAAGCUGGGAAUCCACUGUGACGUUCUCCUGACGACGGUGGCCGGACUCAAACUCCUGCGUUCGUCCUUCUGCGACCCCAGCUUCCAGUUCCUCACUCUGCUCUUCACGCUCGUCUUUUUCCAAUUCGACUGCCCACACGCCUCCGAGAGCUUCCUGCUGGACUUCUUCAUCAUGUCCAUUGUUUUCCACAAGAUGCGUGAGCUGUUGCUGAAGCUCCACUUCAUCCUGGUUUACAUCGCUCCCUGGCAGAUCGCCUGGGGCAGCGCUUUCCAUGCCUUCGCUCAGCCGUUUGCAGUGCCUCACUCCGCCAUGCUGCUGCUCCAGACGCUGCUCACCACCGUCUUCUACACUCCACUGGCUCCUUUCCUGGGCAGCGCCAUCUUCAUUUCCUCAUAUCCUCGGCCAAUCAAGUUCUGGGAGCGGAACUACAACACAAAGCGUAUUGACAACUCCAACAGCAGACUGGUGUCCCAGGUGGAUAAAGAGACGGGCUGCGAUGACAACAACCUAAACUCCAUAUUUUAUGAGUAUCUGACACGCUCGCUGCAGCAGUCACUUUGCGGUGACCUCAUGUUGGGCCGAUGGGGCAACUACAGCGCCGGAGACUGUUUCAUUCUGGCGUCUGACUACCUCAACGCCCUGGUCCACCUGAUUGAGAUCGGCAAUGGCUUGGUCACUUUCCAGCUGAGGGGUCUGGAGUUCAGAGGUACAUACUGCCAGCAGCGAGAGGUGGAGGCCAUCACGGAGGGCGUGGAGGAGGACGAUGCGUGCUGCUGCUGCGAGCCGGGUCACCUGCCGCACACGCUGUCAUGCAACGCUGCUUUCAACCUGCGCUGGCUGGCCUGGGAGGUGAUGGCCACCAAGUACCUGCUGGAGGGUUACAGCAUCAGCGAGAACAACGCCGCCACUAUGCUGCAGGUGUACGACCUCCGAAAGCUGCUCAUCACCUACUACCUGAAGAGUAUCAUCUACUACCUGGUCCACUCCCCCAAACUCGCCACCUGGCUCAAGGAUGCCAGCAUCCAGGAGGCGCUGCAGUCCUACACCAAGUGGCACCACAUAGAGCGUGACCCUCAGGUCUUCAGCGUGAAGAUCGAUGAAGACUACGUACACUGCCUGCAGGGGGUGACGCGCGCCAGCUUCUGCAACGUCUACCUGGAGUGGAUCCAGUACUGUGCCGGGAAGAUGGAGACGCCUGUGGACUGCGAUGAAGACUCUCCUCUGGUGACGCUGUCGUACGCUCUCUCCGUCCUGGGGAGGAGAUCCCUCGGCACCGCGUCACACAACAUGUCCAACAGUCUGGAGUCCUUCCUGUAUGGGUUCAACACCCUGUUUAAAGGCGACUUCCGCAUCGCCACCAAAGACGAGUGGGUUUUCGCUGACCUUGACCUCCUGCAGAAGGUUGUGGCUCCCGCUGUCAGAAUGAGCCUCAAACUGCAUCAGGAUCACUUCACCUGCCUGGAGGAGACAGAGGAGGUGUCUAUCUUGUACGAAGCCAUCACAAACUACCGCAGCAGCCUGGUCAUCUGCCACGAGAGCGACCCCGCUUGGCGCAAGGCGGUGCUGUCCAGCCGCGACACGCUGCUCACGCUGAGACACAUGAUCGAUGACGGCACGGACGAGUACAAGAUCAUCAUGCUGUACAAACGCCACCUCAGCUUCAAGGUCAUCAAGAUCAACAAGGAGUGUGUGCGAGGUCUGUGGGCGGGCCAGCAGCAAGAGUUGGUGUUUUUGCGGAACCGAAACCCCGAACGUGGCAGCAUACAGAACUCAAAGCAGGCACUGAGGAACAUGGUCAACUCGUCCUGCGACCAGCCGCUGGGAUAUCCCAUGUAUGUGUCACCACUGACGACAUCAUAUGCCGGAACACACCGUACGCUCCGCAGCAUCGGAGGAGGGGCUUUGAGUCUAGACGCCAUUCGCUCCUGGCUCUGCUCUAAAUGGUUACGGGUGCGCAAGGACAACCUGACCAGCUGCAACAGCGGCGUGAACAUGGAGGAUGUGGACUGCGGCGCCGGUGGUUCUUCCUCGCUGAGUCAAAACCGCCCGUCCUCUGUUACAUCCAACAGCCUGAGCCUCUACCAGCACAGAGCCAGGACGACACACAGCCACAGACAUCACAACACAGCCAGGAGGGAGUACCGCAGUCGAUCAGUGCAGCCUCACAGUCAACGUCCCCCUGUCACUAGCCAAUCGGGGCCCAUCCUGGACUCAGGCUCCACCCACGGGCUCGUCCAACGUCUGUCCAACAGUCAGCUGUCCUUCAACACGUCCAUAGCCUCUAUAUUCUCCCAGGUCCCUCGUCUCUCAGGAGCAGGUGGGAUCAGCUCGCAGCUCCAGGCGGCGCAGCAUCAGCAGCGCUCCAGCCAGGUCUCCUCGUCUUCGUCCACUCUCAGCCUGCUGUUUGGGAAGCAGAGUUUCUCCAGCGGCCUGGUUAUCUCCGGACUGUCUGCUGCUGAAGGCGGAAACACCACUGACACGCAGUCCUCGUCCAGCGUCAACAUCGCCCUGGGGCCCUCGCACAGGUCCAGCAGCAGGGCCACACAGUGGACAUCAGAACAAUACGAGAGUAUAGACUUGAGCUAUUCCAACACCGCCGUCGCAGUGAAAGAAGGCACGCAGUCAGGUGACCGAGGCUGCGGCCAGGGAUUGGACGAGACCCAGGAGGACUCAGCAUCUGCCUCAACAGCUCCGGAGGCAACGGAUCAAAAGACUGUCUGAGAGAGAGAGAACACACACACACACACACACAUACACACGAGUGCCCAAACUUGUGCUCGUAUACAGAGAGGACUGUAUGAAAAAUUACACACACACACACACACACACACACACACACACACACACAGACACACACACAGAGGAUUGUAUUAGAGAGCACUCAUGCACACAAACCUGCCUCCUCUCCUGUCCUCAGCAUGUGGUUCUCACCCUGUUGUCUGAAUGUAAACAAGUCUGAAAACAUGAUCUUGGCUCCUGUUGAUGAAUUAAAGAUGUUUUUGAAUGA